AUGGAUCCAGUUGAAGAGCAAUUACAAGAAAUUGAAGUGUUACAAUCUAUAUAUCCAGAUGAAUUGGAAUUAAUAAAUAAUACUCAUUUCAGUAUUCGAAUAAAUUUAGAUGUUUCAUCAACAAGAAAACAUUCAUUAAAAUUAAUUGUUAAAUAUCCUGAAACAUAUCCUGAAGUUAUACCUAAUUUACAAAUUGAAAUAGCUAACCCAAAUGAUGAUAAUGAUGAAGAAGAAGGUGAAUAUGAAUAUAGUGAUGAUGAAGAUUAUGCAAAUGAUGAAGAUGAUGAUGAUGAAGAUGAAGAAUCUAAAGAAAUUAAAUUAGCUUUAAAUAUGGCCGAAACUAUAGAAUUUGACAGAAAUGAUUUCAAUGAAUUAUUGAAUAAAUUAAAUGAAGAAAGUGAAUUAAAUUUAGGUAUACCUAUGAUAUUUAGUUUAAUUACAUUACUUAAAGAAGAAGCAGAAUCAUUAUUUGAAAAUAAAUUAAAUUUGAAAAAUCAAGAAUUUGAAUUAAAAAGAAGAGAAAAAGAAUUAAAAGAACAACAAAAAUUCCAAGGUACUAAAGUAACUAUUGAACUGUGGACUAAAUGGAGAAAUGAUUUUAGAAAAGAAAUGAAAUUUGAAGAAAUUGAUAAACAAAGAUUUAUUAAAAUGCAUAAUGGGAAAUUAACUGGUAAACAAAUAUUUGAACAAGGUUUAGCUACCACUGAAGGUGAUGAAGAAAUAGGACAAGAUGAACAAGAUGGGUUGAUUGAAGGUAUUAAAAAGAUAUAA